UCUUUCCUCCCACAUGUGUGCUAAGUCCACACAGUCACGCACCACUCCUCUCUUUUCUUUACAUAACACAAUAAUCGGGCUUUAGGUUCUUUUGCAAACAGACGCUGAGCUGCAGUUGAGCACGGAUGCUUCAGAGUUUGUUUCUUUGCUGGAUUUAAGAGUUCAUCCAUGGGGAGCCUUCCAGGAGUCCCUCUUCUCCUUCUGGUGGGGAGUUUGUCUCUCCUGAUGAGUCCCGGCGUCCUCGGUGGGAAAAUCCUGGUGUUUCCGGUGGACGGCAGCCACUGGGUCAACAUGAACUUGCUGAUUCAGAACCUCCACGCCAGAGGCCACGACAUCACGGUGGUCAGGACCUCCACCAGCUGGUACAUCAAAGAAAGCAGCCCCCAUUACAGCUCCAUCACCGUCACCCUACCUGAAGCCAGGAGCAUCGAGAACGAAGACUACUAUGUCACCUACCUUGCCAAGAUGUUGGAGUUCCAGAAAGGAAUGUCCUUAAUGGGCUUGUUGAACUUCUUCUGGGACUCUUUUGGCAUGCUGUCAGAGAUCCACGAACAGGCCAGCCAGGUGGUGGUGAAAAUAUUCGAAAACGAAGAAAUAAUGCGGAGACUUCAUGACACUAAGUUUGACAUGGCUCUGAUAGACCCAGGGGUGCCUAUCGGAGUUCUGGUGGCUCACGAACUGAAGCUGCCGGUGGUUUAUAAUGUGAAGUGGAUCACCAGUGGAGAAGCACAUUUUGUGGCGGCUCCAUCUCCACCGUCGUAUGUUCCGACUAAUGGAUACGUUGCGUCUGACCGGAUGACGUUUUGGCAAAGACUCCAAAACAUGCUGCUCUACGGCAUGAACACCGCCAUCGACAAGUUCAUCGUGUGCUCUCACUAUGACAAACUGGCGGACAGAUACUUUGGUCCCGACGUGAACUUCUAUCACCUUCUUCAGGGCGCCGACAUCUGGCUCAUGAGGGUGGACUUUGUGUUUGAGUUUCCUCGGCCAACGAUGCCCAACAUAGUCUACAUCGGUGGGUUUCAGUGUAAACCAUCGGAGCCGCUGUCGUCAGAGUUGGAGGAGUUUGUUGAGAGUUCUGGAGAUCACGGCGUCAUCGUCAUGGCUCUGGGGACGCUGGUCAAAGGUCUGCCGCUGGAGAUCACUUCAGAAAUCGCAGCUGCCUUUGCCCAACUUCCCCAAAAGGUGAUAUGGAGGCACGCUGGCGAACGCCCCAACAACGUGGGCAACAACACCCUCCUGGUGAAGUGGAUGCCCCAGAAUGACCUGCUGGGUCACCCCAAGGUCCGAGCCUUCGUGAGCCAUGGUGGCACCAACAGCAUCUAUGAGGCCAUUUACCACGGAGUCCCGUUUGUCGGCAUGCCACUACAGUUUGACCAGUUUGAAAACGUUCUCAGGUUGGAAACUCGCGGAGCUGCUAAGACGGUGGAGGCGGUUAAAAUCACCCGCCAAAACUUCCUGGAAACUCUGCAAGAAGUUCUCCACAAUCCGUCCUACAAAGACAACAUUAAGCGACUGUCGGCUCUCCAUCGGGACCGACCGAUUCAUCCUCUGGAUGCUGCGAUUCACUGGAUCGAGUUUGUCAUUCGACACAAAGGAGCUUCACAUUUGCGCACUGAGUCCUAUAAGCUGCCCUGGUACGUCUAUCAUUCGGUGGAUGUUUUCUGCUUUUUCCUGGUCGUCUUCUUGGCACUGACGGCUGCUGUAGUAGGAUCCAUACGAUUCCUAUGCCUUCGACUUUGCUGGAGAAGAAAACCGAAGCAGGAGUGACUUAACUACAUAAAAUAUCCUGAUGAUAUUGUGGAUUGUUCUGACUGAGCAAAUUCAAUGAAAAGCCUGAUUCUAGCAAUCAUACCGCAAACACACUGCAGUUUACUUUGACUUAAUCUGUCAUCCUGCUGCUGCAAAGAUGCGUUAAAACGUCAGUUGUGUCCAAACCUGAAAACAGUCCCCGACAAACACGAUUUAUUCCUAUUGUUUGCUAAAAAAACUACAGUGCUCAGGUGCUUUAUGGAUCAGCACAUUCAAUCAAUGCACUCAAAAAAUGCGACAAAGGCGAAAACAUGCAAUGCUUUGAAAGGAGAAAUAAGAAAUUUUUUCAUGCAUUUUGUAGUACCACUGCAGUAACUAUACUUAUACCAUUAAUUACAGUACACAGAUGUGACAUUUAACAUUGGACUGAUCUGCUGUGUUUCAUGGUACAUCUUUUUAAAGAGAAAAUCAACAUUUUACGAUUGAUGCUGCAAAAUUUGUUGCGGAUUAUUGCUUGAAGACAAAAUACUUGAUGAAAAUAAAACAUUAAAAAGAAA